AUGGACCUAAAUAAAAAUGAUAAAUCUACAGGGUGCAAGAAAAAUGUGAUUUUAGAAGUGAAAAAUGAUAAUAAACUAGAAAUUUAUGAAAGCCUAUAUCUUACUAUUAGGGAGUUUGAAAAAGAUUUUGGAAUAUUAAAUACAAAUUAUUCUCUAAAGGAUUUGGAAAAAGUGUUAAACCCUGUUGAAUUUGCUGAUUUUAAUUCAUUUCUUGCUUAUUCUAUUUGUUCUAUAUUUUAUUGCUAUUUAAAAAUAUCUGGUGACUUUCUAAAUAAUCACCCCAUCAAAACUAAAUUAAAAAAUGUCCAAUCAUUAAUGAAAGAAAUAAAAGAAAAAAUUAAAAAUAAUAGUGAAGAAAAAAGAUCUCUUACUAUUAAUAAAGAAGCUUCGAAAAGAAUAAUAGAUUCUUGCGUUUCGUAUAAUAAGGAUUUAAAAAAGAGAAAAUAUUAA